CUUAUAAGGUUAUCUUUACCAAAAAUAGCAAUUUCAACAUUGAAGCUCGAGCGAACAACAUCGAAAGUAGGAAAUAAGUCUUUCUCGAAGUCUGAGCAGAUUUCCCGGAUUUUAAGGCUUGAAUUCUUCCAAAUCAGAAAUAUGAGUUCUACUACAUCCCAGAAACACAAGAACUUUGUCAGCGAGCCCAUGGGAGAGAAACUAGUGACAGAUUUGGCGGGUAUCGGCCCAGUUUUAGGGAACAAAUUCACCGACAAAGGAUUCGACAAGGCAUACGUCGUUCUUGGCCAAUUCUUACUGUUAAAGAAAGACGAGGAGAUGUUUGAAGAUUGGGUUAAAGACACUAUUGGAGCUAACAAGAAGCAAGCAAGUGAUUGUUAUAACUGCCUGAAGGAUUGGUGUGAUGCUUUCUUGUAAUCAAAAGUAGCAGACAAUCAUGGUGCAUCACCCCUUACUGUAACAAAAUGCUGAACUUGCAACUAGAAGAGACUUGUUUAUGAAUACCACAUGAUUUGCUUUAGUUUUUUUACAUGCGAUAUUUAUCAUAAGCCACCAUGUAUAACCCUAAAUCUAUCUCUAAGUGGCCCUCUGUUUUAGUGUAAGGAGUAGAACUAUUCACAGGAUAAAAUUAAAGAAGUUGAAUUGA